GUUCAUUUUAUUAUUCAUUUUUACACUCAUUUCACACCAAUUAUGGCCUCAAUUGGUCUGUUGUUGUGCCGAAGAUCCACACGAAUGGUCUCACAAGUGAUGGCCAGAAAUGUGGUGAAGACUUGUUGUAAACACAGCGUGAGAUCCAAGCAAACGGUGACCCAAAUGUCAAAAGAGUUAUUCAGACAUCAAAGUGAAUCAAUUGUAUUGAACCACAAAUGUUGGAUCCAUUUGUCACCGCAAAGACGCAACCCAUUGGUAUCUAUUGUGAUACGUCAAGCGGCAAAGUUUGUGGCGCUUCUCACCGGAAGAGCUAUGAGGAAGUGGUGGCGAGAAUUGCCUCCAAAUAAGAGAGAAAUAGUGACGAAAUGGUUGUCUCGACACAAAUGGAAGUUUGGUUUCGCCUUCUUGUCAGCGGUUCUCCUCUCCAUUGCCUACUAUUUGAGUCAUUUAGAGGAGACUCCGAUCACAAGACGGAAGCGAUUCAUAGCCUUCACUCCCAAACAACUCAAAGAUCUCAAUAACUAUGAGUUUGAGGUUCAGUUGGAAACCUAUAAAAACAAGUUAUUGUCGUCCAGUCAUGAGGUGUCCCGACGUGUGGCCCGAGUGGCCACUCAACUGCUCAACGCUAACAACGAUUUGCCACAAAUCCAUGACCACGAGUGGUCGGUGUCUGUGGUCGACGACAUCAACCAUAAGAACGCCUUUGUUAUGCCUUCGGGACAGAUAUUUGUCUUCACGGGUAUGUUAGCCAUCUGUGACAAUGACCAGCAGUUGGGGUCCGUAUUGGCGCAUGAGAUGGCACACGCCGUGCUCGCACACGGGGCUGAACUCGUCAGUCACGCACAUCUCAUUGAUAUGCUCUUCAUUUGCUUAAUUGGUAUCAUUUGGACGAUACUGCCGACCGAUAUAACGGCCACUAUAACCACUGGUAUCUCCCGUCUCAUAAUGAAUGUAAUUCUGGACACACCUUACAGUCGGAUGCUUGAGACGGAAGCCGAUGUCGUGGGCCUGGAGUUGGCGGCCAAAGCAUGUUUCGAUGUGAGAGAGACCAGUGCUUUCUGGCACAAGAUGUCCAUCAUUGAGAGCACUGAAGGCAUUCAAUUCAGUUCGGAUGACAUCAAAAUAGCCGUCAAAACAGAGUUUUUGUCGACACAUCCGAGCCAUGAGACGAGAUAUCACUAUUUGGAUAGUCUUAUGGACGACGCCAUCAAACUCAGGGAUAAAUGCAAUUGUCCUCAACUGCCUAAACACGACCCAAGACUUACCGUUGAAUUGCUUAAGAAAAACAUUGCAGACUAUCAUAAGAAUAAAAGGAAAGAAGGCGUUCUUAUCCUCCCUAAGCCUCCCGUUCCCCAGAAUCUUCAGCCGCGCUCUUGAGGUUAUCGAUGAUAAUUAGGUUCCAAUGAAUUGCAAAUUA